AUGGCUGAAGCGAUGGCGAGUAACCAGGACAUUUUCAUGUGUCCUGUUUGUUUAGAUCUUCUAAAGCAUCCAGUAACUCUCAACUGUGGACACAAUUUCUGUUUGGAUUGUAUUGAGGCUUGUUGGGAUAAGGAAGACGUGAAGGGCGUUUACAGCUGUCCCCAGUGCAGAGAGACUUUCACUCCGAGACCCGUUUUAAAGAAGAAUCAUGUUUUCUCUGAGCUCGUAGAUCAAAUGAGGAAGAGCAGAAUACAAACUACAGCUCCUGUUGAAUGUGCUGCUGGACCUGGAGAUGUGGCCUGCGACGUUUGCACCAGUAGAAAACUCAAAGCUGUCAAGUCCUGUCUGGAGUGUUUGAAGUCGUACUGUGCCACUCAUUUGAAAGCUCACGAUGAACUUAUAGGUAGAAACCACACCAUGGUCGAAGCCACUGGCCAGCUACAGGAGAGGAUCUGCCCCAGUCAUAAGAAGGUUUUAGAAAUAUUCUGUCGCACAGACCAGAGUUGCAUCUGCUAUCUGUGUACGAUGGAUGAUCAUAAAGGCCACGACACGAUCACAGCAAAAGCAGAGUGGAGCCAUGAAAAGGAGGGGUUGGAGCAGAGCCAGAGGAGAUGCCAGCAGAUAAUCCAGUUGAAGGAGAAGGAGCUGCAGGAGCUGAGGAAGGCUGUGGAGAGUCUCAAUGUGAGAACUGACCAGAGGAGAAGACAAUCUGCAGCAGGUUUCUGGUUAUGCAGAGAGUUAUCAUGAGCUGUCACAUAAACAUGACUCUGAUUUUGUUUUCCUGAGGAAGUAAUGUUAACAACCAUUUUUUGGAAACUGU